GCCGCACGCACUACAGUUCUCGUUUGAACCGCGUCUGUUGAGGUCGUUCGCGUUGAGCUCCCGUGCGAAGUUUACUAUCGCGAAAGGAUUUUCCUUUGUCCCGAACGUCGAGGACCCUGCCCUCGUAUUAUGUUUCCGUGUGAGACCUGUGACCAGCCCCGGCCUACUGAGGAGCCGGACCGCGUGCAGCGCGCUCAAUCACGUCGAAAUUUCCGCAGUUUUCCUAAAUUCUGUGACGGCUAUCCCGCUAAACGCGUUCGCCGGGCAAUUUGAAAUUAUUUUGUGAACGUGUGAGAAGUAGCGGGCCACCGGACACCGGCCCGGAGUGUUGUUGAAAAGUGUGAGGACUGUGCAGCAUUAUGUCUACAGGGAAGCGACUAGCGAAGAGGUCCAUCAUAGGGACGCGCGUCGCCGCGCUGGGUGAUGACGGACUCUACUACUCGGGGAUGAUACAGGAGGUGAAGACGCCGUCGUCGUUCCCAGAGAACAAUAACUGUAUAAACCUGACGCCGAACACUCGGUACACCGUGCGGUUCGAUGGUGGGAAGAGUACGCGUGAAUAUCGGGACGUGGAGCUGAUCGGUCCCGGGUUCCGCGGGAUGGCUGGCGUGCGGCUGCGGCCCGGCCAGCGCGUCUACCUCACCUACAACGGCCGCGAGGUGCGCGCCGACGUCGUCAGCCACGACCACCACUCUGAUGAGGUCAAUGUGCAGGUCCACGCUCCUGCCACUGAGGCACGGAUAGACUUGAAGAAGAGGUUGGAUGAAGUGCGGUUGUUGGAGUCGCGCAAGUCAGCCCGGCUCGCUGAUGUGGACACCGAUUUCGCCCGGCUCGCUGACAUGGCCGGCGACCGCCGCCGCAUCUCCGCCACUAUUGAAGUACCAGCUCAUCACAUGCAAGGAUCGCGCAAACGCGGUCCGAGUAGUUCCUGUGACAUGGGCUACGGCGAGCGCGACGAACCGCUGAACGAGUGCAACGCUGCGCUGGUCCUGAUGUCGCUCAGCUGCUCGCCCAACUCGCCUCGCCCGAGUGCUUGGGGCGGGCGAUCGUCGGUCUCUCCUGGAGCCAGCAGUAGCUCUGGCUCCUCGUGGCGCUCCGGCACCCCGUCGCCGCCGCCGGCUUCCAGCUCGUUCAGCGAUGAAGGCAUUGCCAUGGACUACGACCAUCCCCGGAAGAAGCGGAUCAAUAGUGUUGUAUAUGAGUGCACCUGGCGUGGCUGCGGCUACCGCACCAAUUCCUGUCCUUCAAUCGAAGCUCACAUUAGAAACACACAUCUGGGUAAAAACAAAGAGAGUGAGAGCGACCACGAAGAGGAGUUCUACUACACGGAGCGCGAGAUCGCGACGCCCGCGCCGCCGCCCACUCUCUCGCACCGGGACAUGUGCCGGCCGCCGCACGAGGACCCCGAGUACCAGCGCCAGAUCGUCGGCUCCUACAGGCAAGGGCUUCUCUCGAUGCAAAAUGCGUCUGCGAGGCCUAUAAGCAUUCCUGUCACGCAUUCCUUGUCGAACUCACAUUCACCGAAGCACAUGAGGCUGACGGUGGGCGGGUCGCCCAGCAGCCCGAGCCGGCGGCCGCGCUCCGACAACAAGAAGUGCCGCAAGGUGUACGGCAUGGAGCAGCGCGACCUCUGGUGCACGCAGUGCAAGUGGAAGAAGGCCUGCACCAGGUUCGGCGACUAGCGCUCCGGCCGCCGACUCCACAGGAGACCACUCUAUCUCAACUGAACGGUCACUCCGACACUACUCGCCCGACUCGCGUCAGAUAUGACUUUCGGUAGCGAUGGACGAUCGAUUCCGUGGGCGGAUUAGACGUAAGAAAAUAUAUUAUGAGAGUUUUUAUUUACUAUUAAGUAAAGAUGUAAUAUUAAUAUAUUCGAUAUGAAAACUAAGGAGACAUAUUUUUGCUCUUUGAAGUGGCUCGUAUUUUGACUGUAUAUGGACAUUGCCCACGUAUUUUUAUAGCAGUAGAUUCGCCUUUACUGUGACACGCAUGCGGUGUAGUGUCACUCUCGGUCUCAGACUGUGAAUAUUAGCCUUAAGUUUAGUUUUAAGAUUAGACUGACAUUACGCAGUGUGAAAACUAUCGCUGAGAAGUCUAAAAUUUAUGUAAACCGCCUGGCCACAUAAUUGAGAGAUUUGAAUACUUUCUUCAUAUGUACAUACGAAGUCUAUUUACUGAAAUUGUACAUUAAUUCUGCUAUGCCGUGCUAAGGUUCUAAGACGUAUUGUAUAUAUAUUUAUACACCAAAUUAUAUUAAAUGUAAUUAUAAAUAAGAUUAUGUACUUUCUAUAAUCUCUAAAUUAUGAAGCAAGAGCAAAACCUCUAUCUCAAAAAUUAGAUAUUUAUAUAGUUAAAUAAAAUUGAUACUUUAUUCAAUAUAUGACAGGACUUUAAUGUUUUCAAAAACAUUCAAUAUUUUUGCAAAGAUGGAUACUAUUUUUGAAAAAAAAAGAUGCAAACAUAUUUCUAUAGACACCUUUUAAUCACGACUUCAUAGAAAAAGUACAUCCGUAGUGUCAGUUAAUUCCGUCCACAUUUUCGAAUGUGCUUUUUACUUGAUGAAGUGUGGACCGAGCAAUGUUUUCACACUGCCCGCCAACGAGAGGUAUGCCGACAAUCGCACACGGCUACCACUUCGACUCGGGAGCUCCAGUCGAAUAUUCUUCCGUGAUAUUUAUAACGGAAUAUGAACUCUGACUGAAUUUCUAGAUAAUAAUGAAACAAAAUAAAUGAUAUAUGAUUUAGUCUCGUAAGUUAUCUCAGAUUCGACGAAAAGACUACUAAACUCGUUUAGACUUAAAAUUUUUAUGAACAUAUCUGUGUCGUAUACAAAGGUGAUUGGUUCUACCAGAACAAGAAGACAAUACUCAGCAUCGCUGUGUGCCUUGCUUGGGCUGCGGCCGGCGCCGGCUGCGCGACACCACGGAACGGAGACUAGAUUGGAGGUAGAAUGAUACAAGGCUGUAUCGGAGGAUGAUAUGCUUGUAAAACAUUUACAUGUUACAUGUUACAUGUUACAUGUACAUACCGAUGUUAUCAGAAUGACAUCGGUUUGAAGAUCAUGGCCUUUCCAAUAUUGAAGAACAUCUUGUUGUUACUUCUACUUCUAAACCCUGGAAAGAUGGAAUGUGAGAAAUCGGAAUCGGAUAUAAACAUGGAAAAAUAGAGUGGAGGCGAUACGAGCUGCAAUAUUAUUUAAGUAUUAUUAUUAUAUGAUGGAUUAAAAAUGUAAAUAUUAAUUAAUGUUGUGAGUUAUAUGAAUUAUAUACCUUUUCAUGAAUGAAAGCAAUGUUUGGGUGUGUAAAUAAUUAUGUUAUUAUGAUAUUGUUACUUAAUUAAUGUGAUUUUAAUCCGGUUUUUAACGGUGACAAAAACAUCACGUUCUGACGAGAAAAUGUGAUGUUGUGGCGCGGUAUUUCCAUCCGCUAAUAGUUACCAACGUUUGUUAUUACGUUUUGUUAACUCGCAUACCGACAUAAUAAUACAUCUAAUUUAAAUAACCAACAACUAAGUACACAAUGUUUCGUAAAAAUAUUAAAGAUUACUCUGUGCCAAUCGUGGAAUAAUAAUUAAGUUUCUGUGCGUAAAAGCUUACCUACUCACAAAAUGUAAAAUGGUGCUGACACAAAGCUAACUGAACGCACACCGGUAUGCCUGCGCUCGAGACGCUAAUUCGUGCUAAGCGUUUCAAUCCCGUUUGAGACCUUUAUUGAAUUAAUUAUAAAAAGGAGGAAAGAACUCAAAUUUACAAAAAAAAACAAUAUAUUUUUUUAAUCUUGCCAAAAAUAAUAAAAUUAAAACAGGGUGCUUUUUACCGUGGAUAAUGUCGGCAUUCAAUAAAUGUGCUAAAGAUUUUUAAUUUACGCGACGUACCUGCAAAUAUUACCAAAUAUACAUUUUCAUUGCAAUAAUGGUUGUGAUAAAACCUUGUUGUCUAAAAUCAAAAUCAAUCGAGAUUUCUUUGAAGCAACGAAACACCGCGCUCUACCAAAUUAUCAAGUUAGUUGUAGGCGACGACAACUCAGCUAGCGAUUUGACAACUGCCAUACUGUAAGCUCUAGGUGUACUGCGGCGUAGGUCAUAAAUUAUAUUAUAACAUAGAUAAGAUAGAAAUAUUUAAGUUGGAGUCAUAAUAAUAGUAUAUAAAUAAUAGGUACAAUACAAUAAAAUUGUAUUAUAAUUAAUUAAUGAUUAUUUAAAAAGGUAUAUCUUAUGUUACGCAACAAUAUCUGCAUAAUUCAAUUAAGAAUCCUCAAUAAAACUUAGUAUUCCAAAACUUGCAAUCAAAACUUAAGAACAUUUUGUUUUAUACCAUACACGCCAAUACUCACUAUAUCCCACUAUAUAUAUAUAUAUAUAUAUUGAACAGUGUUUUGUGGUAUGAUCUCCCAUGCCGGGAAUAUUAAAUAGAAUGUAAACGUAAGCUACUGUUGCAAAUCGCUAUAUAACUCACCAGCUACAAGAAACAAAAAUAAGCUUCGUCGCAAAAUGGCAUGCUAGUUGCAAAAUAUACACCGAUCUCAAUUUUAAUUGAAGCUAUUUUUUUGUAUACAAAUAAUAAUAUUUCAUAGAUGUUUUCUUAUUAUUUUGAUGUAAGUAAUUUAUGUUAGAUGGUAGUUGAAUUUUUAUUAUUUUGAAUAAAGACAUUUUAUUUUUAUUAAGGAAAUUGUAAAUAUUAUUUACGUAUUCAUUUAGCCAAAAUUUUGCUCAAUUUUAUAUGUACUCAACACCAAAGUCAUAAUGUAAUAACUAAUUUUAAAAAAUUAACACGACUGCUAUCACUUUAAUAAUAUAACUUGCGUAAAUGUACAUACAUAUUCCGACGGUACAUUUCAAAUCUAAAUCGUUAACAUUUAGUAGAUACGGUGUCAAAUCUAAAUCGUUAACAUUUAGUAGAUUUAGAAUUUGUGAAGGAAUAUUUAACUUUGAAAACACUACAAUAUUUUUUAUUAGCAGUCGUGUAAAAAUAUAACAUAUCAGUACAAAGAAGCAUAAUUCUGUGUAUUUACAGCUAUGCGAACAUGAAAACCUUUCCAAGAUGCAUACGACAAUUUGUUAGAUUAUCUAAACGUGACCUGCUUAACUUCCCUCAAAUAAUGGUGAAUCUUAUUAUUGAGCAAUCGAGAUGGCGACUUCAGGUAUUUCCGCAAUCACAAUCGAAGUGUUGGAGCGAUCUGAUACUGGGCGCUAGUCGAGCUCUAAGUCUUUUUUCAAAAUGUGUUUUUUUUUAAAUCUAUUAUAAUCAAGCUGGUGUAGGUACGUAUUGAUCCGUUAUAACAUUAGCUAUUUAUUAUUUUAAGAUCACGUUUGCUAAAGUAAUCCGUAGGCUGCCCCUGCCUGUACUCCAAAUGUCGGUUACACAUAACUGCCAGAAGAGUCUAUAAUGGUUUAAGAGGCAUAAUCGUUUGUAUAAUAAAUUUGACAUUUGGUGUACUUACCCCAAACCACGGCUGACUACGUACUACCUACGUAUAUUUAAAAAAGUGGCAGGCGCAAGAGCCGAGUUUUGUACUUAGAAGUAAGCUAGAAUAUUUUAAUCCUCUCCUCUAAUUUGUUGUAUACCUACAGAGCCUAAAAAAUGUGACAUCUUUUGCACCUAAUGUAGGAGCUUUAGUCUUUGUUCCAUCUUGUGUUUAAUUUUUGUUCCAUCUUGGUCCCUUGGCUUGGAGGUGACGCCAUGUAGUAUGUAAACAUUUUCUAUGUAUGUAAUUUGUGCCUACUUCACUAUUAUUUAUUUUCUGUACAAUAACAACAUUUGUAAAUAUGUAAAUUCACAAUGCAUAAAUGAGGUCUCCCACAGAGCCGACAUAUGUAUUGCCUAUUAUACCCGUAGGUGAUCGUCGUAAGUUACGUAGCGUACUACAUACAUAUUUGCUUAAAUUUAUUAUAAAGAUAAUCCUUUCAUGAUUUUAUGAAAUUGUAAAAACAUAAGUCUCCUUCAAUGUUAUUUCAAAAAUUAUUUCAAAGUUAUUAUUAGUGCCUAAUCUAGUACCUACAUCGUGUAACUUUCUUUAAGAUUUUAAUAUUUAUAUAUAUACUUAACAUAACGUCGCUCGUUAAUUCGUUAUUGUUUCAUCAUAUAUUACAAUUGCAAUCGACUUUUAUUUGUCUAACUAGUUCUAAUUUGGUCCAUUUAAUUGUAUUUAUUAUAGCAAUUAUCUUCUGUAGAUAAACAUUGUUAAUUUUAUUAUUAUGAAACGACAACUAGUUAACUUAUGUGGGCAAUAUUAAUUCAUGAAAAUAUGUCUCCUGCUUAUAAUUCUAGAUCUCUUGAUCUCACAUCGCUUUGGAGCACAUCGCACGAUCUUUAUAAAUGUUUUGCUAUUUGUGGAAAGUUAUUUAAGUAUGUGACGUUGUUUUCUGAUUCGUGGUCACAAUUCCUGGAUGUGCUCUAACGUGCUGUGUGAUAUAAUCAGACCUUAAUAUUUAAGUUGUAUUUUGGUGAUAUCACAACUAAUUGUCGUUGGUUACAAUAGAGUUACAUAUUGUGUACAUUGAUGACUACAGUUUUAUCACCAUCAAUAGGCGUAGUGGAUUGGUGUUCUUAUCACAAUUUAUCAAUCUCACAUGGGUAUUGUCUUAUACAACAGACAAAUUAGAGUCUAAUAGGGAGAUGUCGUGUCAUAGCGUCUUGAUAUCUGGGAGGUGGGAUGCGUCGAUACGGAUAUGAUAGUUACCACUAGUUGUAAGUUUGCAAGCAACAUUGCGAUCAAAGAAUGUUGUUAGAUGUGUUGCUCCUCAUUCGAUUUCUUUUUGGUUGUCAAUAUCACAGCAGUUUUAUCUGGAACUGUCAGCUUUGAUCGAAAUAUAAAGUACUGGCUUCAAUCAUUUGUUAUCACAUUUGUACUGCUUCAUCUUAUAUUUUGGAUCUAUAUAAAUUAUGUUCUCAAUAAAAUUUCAACAAAUUUUUAACACCUUUCGUUAUAGCUGACAGUUAUUCUACUGUGAUAUUAAUAAUUAUAUUUAUUAUUUUACUAGAUUAUUAUUUAUAAAUUAAAUGUUGAAUGUGCGCGUGUUAUAUUUUACUGAUAUCGUGUUUAGAAUAGGAAAUGUUAUUUUAUAUUGUACCUAAUGUGUAGGUCCAGAAUGUGUUCCAAAUUUAUUGAUUUUAUGAGAUAGAUAUUACAAUUAUAUUACCUAUUAAAAUGUUUAUGUUGAUAUGUUGCCAAGGAAUGUUUGAGAAUGUAAUAUUACAAAAUUAUUGAAUCAAACGAUAUGAAAUUUAAAACAUCACAAAAUUUUACAGCCUUAUUAUAAAAUUGAACUCUAAGCUCUCUAUAGGUACAUAAUAUAUUAAUAAAUUAUUGCAUUUCAUAGUGAAGAAAUUUGAUUGUAAAACAUAUGUGUAAAGUACCUAUUAAAUAAAUAGGUACCUACCUACCUACUUAAAUAUUAUACCGUAUGAAAUUUAUAAGAUAAAAUGUUUAUUAUUUUUACAUCUACUGCGAGUAGAUUUUUUGCCUGAUAUAUUAUACCUCAAUAAGUUUAGUAUGGAUUUUGUGUGUUUUAAAAAUAUAUUUGAAUCUAUUAGAAUCAUCGUGGCAUUAUUUAAUCCAUUCCUUUUUGGUUUGAAUGUUUCAAUAAUAGGUACACAAGUCCGAUUAUAACUAAUAUAAUAAACUAAUGACGUCAUAACACUAUAUAUAUAUCUAUAUACAACUGUUUUCACAUCAUGUUCUUGUUGCCUACAUUAGAAUGUUUUGUUUAUUGUGUAAUAAGUACAAUAGUCAUACAUCUAUAAAUCAAGAAUGGGAAGUGUUAUUUUAUGGAACAACUCUAGACCUAAAUUAAUUUAUUUCAGAUCGUGUUAUUAAUUGAUACAUAUAUAUAUAUAUAUAUAUAUUUACAAAUAUAAACUUUAGAUU